UUUGGAUGUUUCAAUAUUGGUUGCCAAAUACGCUGACUAGCAAGAGCAAGUCUCCAGCGUUUCUCAUUUUCUUCUUCUCGCCGUCGACGCCGUUUGUUUGCUUCUCCUCCUCCUCGCCACAGAUCUGCGGCGGAGCCACCGUAUCUGAUUCUUCGUAUUCUUCUGGAAGCUCUUCGUCUGAGAAUUUGGAAAUCGAUACACCGGAUCGGAGAUGCCGGUGGCUGCUUCCGCUAUAUACUUCUUAAACCUCCGCGGCGACGUUCUCAUCAAUCGCCUCUACCGUGACGAUGUUGGGGGAAAUAUGGUUGAUGCUUUUCGGACACAUAUAAUGCAAACAAAAGAACUUGGUACAUGUCCUGUGAGGCAGAUUGGCGGUUGCUCUUUCUUUUACAUGAGGAUCAGCAAUGUUUACAUCGUGAUUGUCGUCAGCAGCAAUGCUAAUGUAGCGUGCGCUUUCAAGUUUGUUGUUGAGGCUGUUUCACUAUUCAAAUCAUAUUUUGGCGGUGCCUUUGACGAGGAUGCAAUUCGCAAUAACUUUGUACUCAUUUAUGAACUCCUAGAUGAAAUCAUGGACUUUGGUUAUCCUCAAAAUCUUUCACCAGAGAUCUUAAAGCUUUAUAUCACUCAGGAAGGAGUGCGUUCCCCAUUUUCAUCCAAGCCGUCAGAUAGACCUGUUCCAAAUGCAACUUUACAAGUUACUGGUGCUGUUGGUUGGCGGAGAGAAGGCCUUGUAUACAAAAAGAAUGAGGUCUUCUUGGAUAUUGUGGAGAGUGUGAAUCUUCUUAUGUCUUCAAAAGGUGUUGUUCUACGCUGUGAUGUUACGGGGAAGAUUCUUAUGAAGUGCUUUCUUUCGGGAAUGCCUGAUUUAAAAUUGGGUUUGAAUGACAAAAUUGGCCUUGAGAAAGAGUCACAACUUAAAUCUCGUCCUACUAAAAGUGGUAAAACUAUUGAACUUGAUGAUGUCACUUUCCAUCAAUGUGUAAAUUUGACGAGGUUCAACUCAGAGAAGACAGUUAGUUUUGUGCCACCUGAUGGUGAAUUUGAACUAAUGAAAUAUCGUAUCACUGAGGGUGUUAAUCUUCCCUUCAAAGUAUUGCCAACCAUUAAGGAACUUGGUCGAACACGGAUGGAAGUAAACGUUAAGGUAAAGAGUGUCUUUGGUGCAAAAAUGUUUGCACUAGGGGUUGUUGUCAAAAUUCCUGUGCCAAAACAAACUGCGAAAACGAGUUUCACAGUCACAUCUGGCCGAGCAAAGUAUAAUGCAGCUAUUGAUUGUUUAGUUUGGAAAAUAAGAAAAUUUCCUGGGCAAACUGAGCCAACCUUGAGUGCAGAAGUUGAACUUAUUUCCACGAUGACAGAAAAGAAAUCUUGGACUAAACCGCCGAUACAGAUGGAGUUUCAGGUCCCCAUGUUCACGGCAUCUGGUUUACGUGUGCGUUUCCUAAAGGUGUGGGAGAAGAGUGGAUACAACACUGUUUAGUGGGGUCGGUUUAUUUCAAAAGCAGGAUCAUACGAGAUAAGGUGCUAGGCGACACAUCUUGUAACGUCCGGAUUAAUAGGCGGAGAUUGAUGCAAUCCCAAAUACUUAAAGGCGCUGUUCUGUGUAGUUAUUCCAUUAUACUUGAGUUUCUUGUUAAGGUUUAGGCGUCCCUCAUCAUAGUGUGCUGUCAAAAUGAUUGUGUUCGUGAAAAAUCAGUUUGAGUAUUUUUUAUUCUAAGGCCAGCUUGUUAACGGAACUUUACAAUUGAUUUUAUCUCCCUUGUAAACAUUGUAUUUUAUUUUAAUGAUAAUUUUCACUGAGUGGUGCAUUCUGUAACUUUUACACUUCAUAUUGGAGUUGAUCUAUACUGCUUGAAAAGAUAUAUGGUUGCUCAUUAAUUAAA